ACUCUGAGACUUGUGACUCUGCACCUGUGUCACCAACCAUGGCAUCAACCAGCGCUGCCGCCAGGAUGGGGAGGUUGGCACGGACCACACUGCUCUGCCUGCUCCUGAUCAGCGAGGCGGUUCUGUCAGAGGCUCACCAGGUCAGCACUUGUGAAGCUAAUGGCAGCGUGUACUAUGUUGGGGAAUGGUAUUUCCUGGACUCGGACCAUUGUACACAGUGUGAGUGUACCUCAGAGGGGGCAACCUGUGCCAGGACCGAGUGCACCGCCCUGCCACCUGCCUGCAUGCAUGUCAGUCACUACCCCACCGACUGCUGCCCCCGCUGUGAGAAGAUUGGCUGCGAGUACAGAGGAGAGGUCUACGAGCUGGGCGAGCUUUUCCAGGUACCAACGUUCUGCUCUGCCGUGCACUGA